AUGCCUCAAUUCAUUAAAUUCCCCAUUGACUGGCCCAUUCACAUCGAGCUCAACCCUGAAAUGUUGGAAAAGAGUGCUCAUGGCAAGCACGAACAACAAGAAGACUGCCCCUGUGACUUCUGUCACGAGUGGUUUUUCUCUGGAGCUGUUGAAGAGAAGAAGCCGUUAGAGAUAUCUGCAGAAUUACCCCUAUUGCGCGAAUCCCAACAAUCUUCCACUAAUAAGCAAAUCGAAGAACCAUGGGAGUUCCCCGAAGUUGACGGCUGCAAGUGCCACCGUAAACGCUGUCAAGUCCAUCAAUUCAAGUUAUUUUGGAGAGAACACCAAGGGUUGGUUAAGGAACACUCAGGGCUCAUGGAUGAUUGGUGUAUCACGAUCAACUUGGACGAGCAGUUGCGCGAUCUAGACGACCUCCAUUUGCGACAUGCCCAGUUCCUCAAUAAACUCCGUGAUGCAGGAAUCCGUCAGGAAUUUCGGUGCUAUGGAAGGUGGUGUGGAAAGGCGAAUUUCACGUCACACCGAGGAAUGGAAUUUUCUACAUUAAGGGUGAAUGCUGAGCCAUGCGAUUGA